GUUAACGCUGCCUGCUGCGGGUGCGCCUCAACAAUUUCUGCAGGCAGAUCCAGCCCGCACGGCGUCGCCUGCGACCUCGCAAGUGAGUUCGCGGACCCCGGGGCGGCGGCUCACUGCCACGUGGGACGAUGCAGAAGACGUCUCCAUGUGCGACCCGUCUACUCUCGACAUCUCGACCGACAUUACUAGCGAUCUCACUAGCGGCACCACCAUGCUUAGUGGCGCAGUAGGGAUGGAGCCCGCGACACUAGUCGGCGACGCCGGAGCAACGACGACUGGCACAACAGGAUCAGCAACGGCGAUUGGGGGCGUGGAUUCGAGCGGACCAUUGGCGACGGGGACGGGCGCCGCAACAAGUAGUUCGUGGAAGAGCGAUCGAGGAGCCGACGAUAUGAGUUAUCCGGACGUAUCGACGGGACGAACGCAAAGUGUAGGAACCACCAGCAGCAAUAAGACAGGGACAACGACAAGUGUGGGAGGUACGCCGCAGUUGGAGGCAACGUUGUCUCAGCCCUCUCCGGAAGGGAUUGGAAGACAUGCUGCCCUUAGGUUAAGCAGCGGUGGCCCACCCAGCAUUGCCGUCGUGGACAUGUCGACGCCACGCGACUCCGCAGGCGCUUCAAUCGGCAGAGUGUCGGGAUCUUCAGCGAGUGGUGGCAGAGGUCCUCAGCCGUACAUGAGUUCAAGUCAGCAGGCGUUCGGAGCGUCGUCGUCCAGUUCCUUCUACAAGUCCAGAAACUCCGCGAUACAAUCUGGUGCAUCGACGCCAAAAAACAGCGUUCGUGAUCCAGGGAGCAUGCGCAGUUCUACGAACAACAACAGCACUAACAAGGGUGACCCCAUGAGGGACUCGUGGGCCAGUUUCGGCGGCGUUUCGCAGAUGAACCGCUCAUACGUUUCUACUGCGUCGUCUCGAGGUUCUGAGCCACGUAGACAGCGCCCCCGGCGCCGCGUCGUCGAGCGCUGGAUUAUUGCCUUCACCCAACGAGAAUCGGCACAAGCACAGGUAGCAACUUCGCAAAGUGCAACCCCGCAUGGGGGACCAGGCCACGGAGCAGCAUGUAUUUUUGUAUUUUCAUUGUUAAUGUUCUGGAUCGUGACAGUUUUCUGCUUUUGUUUUCUGAUUACAAAUUAGAAUUGAAGUCGCUUGUACUCUAGCUGUAAUAUGUGAAGAAUGUGAGGGAAGAUCAGAGCUUGAAAUUGAUCGUGAAUCAAAACACUUUCUGAUGUUUAAAUGAAUAUAGCGUUUUCGCAGACGAGCAGCAUAUCAAGCAGACGCCUCGACGAGCGCGUGAUGCGUAAGCUCGCAACGGCCUGCCGUUCCCUCUUAGUGCUCACUCGGACGCUGCCUGGUUUCGAUCUGUUCCGAAAGAAGGUGCCUCUAUUUCUCCACGUGCACUUCCAAGAUGCACAAGUCGCGCUCUCGAGUCCAGUUCCCGAAGAAAUCUUGGCCAUUCCGUGUUCGAUCGGGACGCUGACUCUGUCACUCGGCCGAGGGCGUGCGCCCGCCCGUAACUCGAGUGGACCCGGCAGCAUUCUGAAUCCAACAAGGAGUUUAGGCGGUAGCCACUCAAUGGGUGCCAGCGCAGUCAAUGCUGGCAUUCGCGCAUCAUCUUCAUCGCGGGCGCCUGGGAGUUCGCUGUACCAGGGGACAACACUGGUGGGUGAAAACGACCACGCAGAGGCGGCGUCGGGCGACCGGUCUGCCGCCUCCAGCAAGGGCAUGAGCGAGCGAUCCCUGUUGAUACGGAACUCCCACCUCUACGAGGAGCAGGGAAAGAUAUCCGUCGAGGAAUAUUACAUGCAGGACCAAAUAUCACGCGACAACAAACCAAACUCGAACGGGACAGCGGUAUUUUUGUGACAGAACAGUUUCGCUUUCUUGAGUCAGGCAUGCAAUACUUCGUGAUGCGUUUUCAUGCACCCAAAGAGACAAAUGCUAGGUUGAGUGCAUAGGAACUGUCCGUCCCGGUCCGCAUUGCAUCUGUUUUUUCCCUUGUGAGAACAAUAUUUUCAAUGCGAAGAGGACGGGUAGAACAUAAUAAGAACAACAUCUGUAGUGAAAAUAACAGCUGUUCAAAGGAGACAAAUGGGGCAGGAACGGAUUUUUUCCUCCGGGACGCGGCAUGCCUGUUGCUAAGUGGUCAGGCUCGGAUCUGGUUGGCGGACGUGGUAAUUUUCUUUGCUCCGAUAGUAGUAAAGACUAGUCAUGACCCGAGUGCUCAGAGGCGCACGGGAAGUCGGGGGGCGAGGCGAAGAGAUAGCUGCUAGCUAUCUCAAAAAGGCGCAAGGUGGGACGCUGAACGCGAAUGGCCAGGUGGGAGCUUUUGGGCGUGCCGCACUAGGGCGGCGGUUGCCGCCUUGUCACCGGAGUACCGUGGCGCCUACGAGAGCGCCAAAAAGCUGCCGGGCAACGCUCAAUGGCCUUUCGGGGCAGAAAUCGGGCACCGCGUGCGCGAUUCCAGGCGCUAACGGCCGGCGCCGGUCGUGGGGCGCUUUCUGUUCGUCUGGGUGGCAGUGAAGCCCUUCGUCAGCGCGCUGACCCGCCGGCCUCCUGACCCGCCGGCCUCCUCAAGCCAACCCGCGGACGAAACCCUGACAAAGCCAGGGCCCCCCGAAAAACACUGAGAAAGCCAGGGCCCCCAGUCCGGGGAAACCCUGAGACAGCCAGGGCCCCCCUUAAGACCCUGAGAAAGCCAGGGAGGGUUUGGCCGUGGCGUGGAGAGUCUCCACGCGUUAGCCUUUCGCUUGCCCAGCCUAUCAGCUUGGGCAGUUUUUUAGCUAUUGAGCUCUAUGCUUUGCGCCAGGGUUUGCCCUUCUCGGCGAUCGCCUGCUCGUGGUUUGUGCUGGUUCCCGCCGCCGUGUGAGCGGGUUUCGCAACUCUGAGAGGGGCAAGCCCUGGCACACAAUUGCAACCCCGAGGAGGCAAGCCCUGCGCUUUGAGUGACUUGAAUCGAAAAGCAGCCAAAACCCUGAGUUGCAAAACCCUGAGACGGGAAACCCUUUGGCCAGCCUUGAGAUGAAAGCCUUGAGAUUUUUCAUUUUUUCGUCUACUCUGUGGCCGAAAACUCUGGCACGGCCUCAACGCCUUGGGAUUUCCUUUCGGGCGUGAGUGAGCCCUCAGAUUCGGAACCUUUCCCCUGAAAACUCUGCAGACAGUGGCUCGCGUUUUUGUCCCUCGUGAGAUUCUACUUUGCGCCCCUUAAAACCCUAACCGGCGACCCCGUUUUUUGCCGAUUGUUAUAUAUGAGGGCGGGAAUGGCGGCAGGCUAGGGGAACGCUGCAGAGGACGCGAAAGGAAAGUGCAAUUAUGAUUUUCGUGUGUACAACUGUUCUUCCUGUAGUUUAUGUAGAAGUUGAAUAGAAUUGAAAUUCGUGAUCACAGCCACAUCGAUAUACAUAGAGAGUUUUCUUCAUGAUUAUCUCUAUACAAUCAUACAUAGGUUUUUCCCCUUCCGAGUCCGUUUGCGAUAGCAACAACUCGCGGACGCUUUCAUCGGCGUCGUCCGGUCAGUCAGGCGGGCCAGGUAACGAAAUUGGCAUGUUUGGGCUGGACGACACUUCGUCUAGUUCUUCGACAGGAAAACUGAAGGAGAAGAAGCCGACACCGCAUUUCGGUCAGAUUACGUCUCCUGCUUUCACGUCACCACAUGGAUCCUCCUGGUCCGGUAGUAGUCGCGCGGAUGAAGUCAUCGGUGUGAAAUUGAUCAGUGCGGCUUCGAGCUGCAGCGCAGAGACACAGCCCAGUGCCCCAACGAGUGAAAUUCGAGUUUCCACCUCUAGUGGUAGAAAUCCUGCGGCAGAGCAAGUGAGGGGUACCAUUGCCUUCUCAUCUAUAGCAGAGGGCGUAAAAAACGAGCGCAAGGCGAAGCAAGCCAUGACUGAAGACGAGGCAGCUUUUCCACACUCCUCCAUGUUACAGGAUAGUAUUAGAGGAGAUGGCGGGACGAAUCAUGUUCGACAGAAAGCAGAGGGAGAAACACAAGAAGCAGAGGGCGAUGCCAAUGUAGAAAGAGGUUCCUGCCCAAGGACAGCUGAGAUAGAUCCCGCUGUAGAGGAGAAUGCGGCAACCAAGUCCUCGUCUUCUAUCGCGUCAGCGGAGCUGGUAUCUAUGCCAGCGACGGCUGUUGCAACAGCGAGUCCCGACGAUGACGCUGUAGAAAUGGAGCUUAGGAUUCUCGAGGAAAAGUCUCCUGUGCCAGCCCCUUCUGAAGAUACUAUACGACCCACAACUUCAUCCGUUCCCCCCGAACCGGCAAAGGAGUCUACGCUUCCUCAUCAAGCGUCGACUUCCAAUGCGGCAUCGAAUGAAGGGUCGAUACUGGCACCUACGGAUAUAGAACCAAUAGUCGCGAGGUCGCAAUCGAGUUUGCAGUCGAGUCGAGCGCGAAAAGAGUCUGACGUAGAUCUCACUUUGCCGACAGGAGGUGAUAACCAAGCACCACAAGAGGCUUCGCAUUCAUCUCGAGCGCCUUCCGCGGAACAGUUAAUAAACUUCGGGGAGGGCAAGCAAGCACAGGACAGAAAACAAGACGCGUUUGCUGACGAUAGCCUUGCAACUGCGAUGAAGCCGGGCGUUCCACCUUUUGACGCCGUUUCUGUCGCUUCAGAGUCGGCACCGACAAGCAUAGUCACGCCAACAAAUGCAUCGUUAGUGAAGCAACUUAGCAGUAAGACGUUCGUGUCGUCGCCGGGACCCAGUUCACCGAGGACAUUCGAGGCGAGUCCACUGUUGCGGGAAUUGAAUCCCUUCUUGAUCGCCGAUGCGGAUCACUUUCGCGUGAAAAACCAAGCGGAGGACCGCCGCGUGGUGAAUGAGGCGGCCAUCGAUGCUUUCCUUUGCUCGGCGCGUAACCUGGAGUUGGAUAGCCUGUUCGGUAAAUACGAGGAAGCACACCUCACGCACGACGAACUCAGCCGCCGUCUCGAGUAUUACCGCCGCACGAGGUUGCUCUAACCGAGAGAAGAGCACUGGCACUUUGUCGCGCAGGGGAGCAAGGCACGCAGCCGCGCCGUAUGCCGCCAGGUGUAAACCGGGAAGCGUGCCGUCCAAUCUUAUGCGGUCGGCCGGAAGCAUAAGGACGUGAUGAAACCCGCCUAGCCGUUGCGGUGGUCCAUGUGGAGACGCUCCCGCGUGUUCGUCGGCCCGAGGGUUGUCAGCGCUGCGCAUGGUCUAUUGGCGACACUGUCUAAGUACAUUUUUGCCGCAUAAGGCCAGGAGCUAGUUUUCCCGUGUUGAGUCAAAUUAAGCCGCAGGCUCCACUCCUGGCGGUGCCGUUUUCUUUCAGCCUUUCGCGGAGACCUAUACUUUUUUAUCGACUCGUAUUCUUUUGUACUUCCCCUUUCUUGUAUCAAAGUUCCCAUGCAAAUAUUCAUCUUGACUUUUUGAACAAAUAGUGAUCAAGCGUCUGCGGAGUGUUCCGCAGUACGCGUAAAAACCAUACUUGGGUCACUAAACCUGGAGCAGGAUCUUCCUGAUGAACAUCUGUGCUUGAUUUUACUCUUACUACAAGUGCGUGCAGUGUGUCAACAAUGUUUCGGGCUGUGCUUCUCUCACACGUGCUCAUGAGGGAUCGUGUCCUGAGCUACUACUGCAGUUUAUGACUUGCGUGCAGA